GCGCGUCUCAGCUGUCCGACCCGGAGUCCACACGUCUGCGCUCAUUUACACACGAUAAACCUUCAUCAUGUCGAGCAAACGAGCCAAGGGGAAGACCACAAAGAAGCGUCCUCAGAGGGCCACUUCAAAUGUCUUCGCCAUGUUUGAUCAGUCGCAGAUCCAGGAGUUUAAAGAAGCCUUCAACAUGAUCGAUCAGAACAGAGACGGGUUCAUCGAUAAGGAGGACCUCCAUGACAUGCUCGCCUCCCUCGGGAAGAACCCGUCAGAUGAGUACCUGGAGGGCAUGAUGGCAGAGGCCCCGGGGCCCAUAAACUUCACCAUGUUUCUGACCAUGUUUGGAGAGAGACUGAACGGGACUGACCCUGAGGACGUCAUCAGGAACGCCUUCGCCUGCUUCGAUGAGGAGGGAUCUGGUUUUAUCCACGAGGAUCACCUGCGGGAGCUGUUGACCACGAUGGGCGACCGGUUCACAGAUGAGGAAGUGGAUGAGCUUUUCCGAGAAGCUCCCAUCGACAAAAAGGGAAACUUCAACUACGCCGAGUUCACAAGGAUUCUGAAGCACGGAGCCAAAGACAAGGAUGACGAGUGAAAUGGGACCGCCAUUUUUAACAACACUCAAGUAGGGCUGCAAGAGAUAAUCAGAUCACAAAGACUACAAUAAAGUCCCUGUACCUGA